AUGUCGAUGAACUGCUCAGUGUUGAACGCGAGGCAGGUGCAAGAUAUCGCCCUACUUAUAGUAGUUGAUAUCGUGUCUAUGCUCGGCCCCGAGGAGAAUGGCAAUGGCGGACCAGCGGCUAGCGUGCCUAGUAAACCUAGUCUGUCGCCAACUGAAAUUAUGGCCAAUGCCCGAAAGGCAUUGAGUGCCGCGGAGAGCGCCUACAUGAAACACCCGAAUGAAAUCACCCAAGCUGCCUAUCAUAAGGCGAUUGAAACCGUUCAAGCUCUUACAAAAUCGGGCAACUAA